AUGACAACAAGAGCGCACCGUAUUUUUAACAUGGUACCACCUAUAAAUGACCCUCGAGAUGGACAGCAAUCUCCGUCAACUUUCGGACUUAGUGAAAUGGAUUCAAGUGUCAUUCAGACUGACAAUAUUAUGUAUCAUGAAUAUGAGACUGAUGACGUUAAUUCUCUACCGGACAGUCAGUUUUCUUUAGAUAUUCUGAAAACCGGUGAAGAUAACGAAGAUAUUCAAGCAACGCCUCCAAAACACAGAAUAUUCAAUAAACCAUCUUUAGUCAUCCAAGAAACAGACUCAGACAGUGACACUUACUCUGAUGAAUCUUCUACCUCGUCGAGCAGUUCUAGUUCUUCAAGUUCUUCAAGCUCCAGUUCUACAAAUAACCUAAAAGAUUUCUCUUCCGAUGAUAGUGUCAAAGAUCCUACGUAUGAAGAUCCAUUUUCUGAAAACCGUAAAGGCCAGUCAGAUUCCGAUGAAGAGCAACAACCACAAGCACAGUUACCUAGCAUUCAAGACUUUCCGCAAUCAGCCGUUAAUAACCAGCAGUUAUUUAAUAUUAAUUCACCAUCACCCACAGUUGAUGAUCAGCCACCUAGCGUUGACGAGCACCCAUCUAGCGUCGGCGAGCAGUCUCCUAGUGUUGAUGUUGAAUCACGCAGUAGGUGUCGUAAAAGAAAAGCAGAACCGCUCUUAUGGAAACGAAACCAGAGCAAGCUAUUAAAAAACAAAGGUAUGUCCUAUACUUCUAUGUCCAAGUCUAAGAAAGUUUAUGAUGCCAAUAAAAUGGGUCCUAUUCUGAAAGUGGAUAAAGUAAGCAAUGGCAUAUUUUUCUUUAAAACAUCGUACGAAGAGGAAGAGUUCAGGUCGGUAUCUACGUUGAGAAAACGCCGCACUAAGUCGAAGGCAGUGCCCGAUAAUAAUUUGACCCUAAACCAACUUUACACUGAAAAGCUUACAGUUCCUGAAGCAAAGAAGCAAGGCAUUUUAAAGCUAAUCCAAAAAAACAUCGUGCCAAGAUUUUAUGAAUCUUUUUAUGCUAAUCUC